AUGUCUGUUCGUCAAAUUCUUUUUUCCUCUGAACACGUGAGUGAGGGCCAUCCUGACAAGCUUUGUGACCAAGUGUCUGACGCUGUGCUGGAUGCAUGCCUUGCAUCGGAUCCUCUUUCAAGGGUGGCUUGUGAAACGUGCUCCAAGACAGGCAUGAUCAUGAUUUUUGGUGAAAUAACCACAAAUGCGGUGCUCGACUAUCAGAAGGUGGUCCGCGAUGCGGUGAAGGAAAUUGGUUUUGAUGAUGGCGAGAAGGGGUUGGACUAUCGCUCGUGCAACCUUCUGAUUGCCAUUGAGCACCAGUCUCCAGAGAUCCUCCAGAGUCUUGGGGACUUUGACGGCGAGGGACUUGGUGCUGGUGAUCAGGGCAUGAUGUUUGGCUACGCAACUGACGAGACGGAGACAUUUAUGCCACUCACAUACGAGUUGUCACGCGGACUUGCUGUAAAGUAUAGCGAACUACGCCGUAAUGGGACACUACCGUGGGCUCGUCCGGACGCGAAGACGCAGGUCACUGUACAGUAUGAGUACGACUCACGUGAAGGAAGACAGCUGCUGACUCCUAAGCGUGUGGCUGUUGUUCUUAUCUCGGCCCAACACGAUGCUGAUGUGAAAAACGAGACACUCCGCAAGGACCUCAUGGAAAAGGUCAUCAAGGCCGUGAUCCCUGCCCACAUGCUUGAUGCCGAUACAAAGUACCACUUGAAUCCUUCUGGCCGAUUUGUAAUUGGCGGCCCACACGGUGAUGCUGGCCUUACUGGCCGCAAAAUCAUUGUUGAUACCUACGGUGGUUGGGGCGCCCAUGGGGGUGGCGCCUUCUCUGGCAAGGACCCUUCAAAGGUGGACCGUUCGGCGGCCUACGCGGCCCGCUGGAUCGCCAAGUCGCUUGUCGCCGGAGGUCUUGCACGUCGUUGUCUCGUUCAACUGGCGUACGCUAUUGGUGUUGCAGAACCGCUGAACAUUCACAUUGAAACCUAUGGCACCGGCAAGUAUGAUGAUGGACGCAUCCUGGAGAUCGUGACGAAGAAUUUCAGGCUUCGCCCGUACGAUAUUAUAAAGGAACUAGAUCUUCGUCGGCCCAUAUAUCACAUGACCUCGCGCUUUGGCCACUUUGGACGCGAAGACAAGAGUGGCAGGGGUGGAUUUACCUGGGAGAUCCCCAAGAAGCUCGAUGAGUCGUGCUAA